UGCAUCUCUAUGUCUGCACUGAUAUUGCACAGUGAAUAUUUAGAUAUUCUUAUAAGAGGGGAAAGCUAGUGCCUAGGGGAAAAACACAGAAUUUAUUUGGCCCCAAUUGCUUCAUCGAGCUGGUGCUUAGUGAAGUGUAGAACAAUCUUCGCUUAGUGAGCUUCGGGCUGUGCAAACCUAUUUCUUGUGUCCUUGGCCAGUGGGGGAGGAUCCACCUGCUCUCAGGUGCUGGGCUGUUUUAAGUAAGGUAUAAAGCUGCGGGGAGGAGUUCUCUACCUUUCUAAAGCAAAAGAGGUAACGGCACAAGAAGACACAGAGAAGUACUCAUCUGCCAACAGUAACAGGAUAUACCAUACUGCCCGGAUUAAAAGGAUGUACCCCUCAGCAAAGAACAUGUGUUUCGUACUACUUAUCUGCAUGUCCUGUGUCUUAAGUAAGUGAACAAUUUUUGUCGUAGUAAGAAACUGUAAUGCUUUGUGCCAUCCCGAAAGCUGGAUAAACUACAAAAACUGUUCAGGGUUUUUUUGAAGAUUAAGUAAUAAGGUUUUUUGUUGGCUGAGUCUGAGUUAGUGCAAGAAAAUUAAGGAUUGUGCCAGCUUAGUGUGAGUGAACGCAUUAUUAGUUAUUUUUUGGUGGCAUAUGCGUGAACCUUGAAAUAGCAAUGACGUUUCUAAAAGGCAUAAUCUAUAAAGUUCUUGGUAGCCGAGUCUCAGUGACUGUCUGCUGAGUCUGAGUGCACCGAGGAUUUUGUGACAUAGUCUGCUGAGUUUGAGUGAUUUUGUUUACUGAGACUGAGUCUGAGUAAAAGAAAGAUGAGAGACGUACUGUAAUGUCUAUCCAUCUCUUUGUCUCCUGUCUGUCUGUCUUCUGCUUACUCUGUCUGUCUUAUUAUUCCUGCACUCUCUGUCCAUGUUAUAAACAGUCUGUCUACUGUACUCUCUGCCCAUCUUAUUCCCGGUCUGUCUACUGUACUCUGUGCCCAUCUUAUUCCCAGUCUGUCUACUGUACUCUCUGCCCAUCUUAUUCCCAGUCUUUCUCCUGCACUCUCUGUCCAUUUUAUUCCCAGUCUGUCUCUUGCAUACUCGGCCCAUCUUAUUUCCAGUCUUUCUCCUGUACUCUCUGUCCAUUUUAUUCCCAGUCUGUCUCUUGCAUACUCGGCCCAUCUUAUUUCCAGUCUUUCUCCUGCACUCUCUGUCCAUUUUAUUCCCAGUCUGUCUCCUGCACUCUCUGUCCACUUUAUCCCCAGUCUGUCUCUUGCUCUCUCUGUGUCAUUCUCUGCACUUUGCUCUCCUUGUCCUUCUCAUCCCAUCUUUUUUCUUUUACUAUCUCGCUGGCGAUAUUAUUUUAUCUACUGCACUCCCCAUCAUUCUCAUUCCUAGUCUGUCUCUUCCUCUCUCAUUCCAUCUUAUUCCCUGUGUGUCUCUUGCUGUUAUUUUCAUUUGUCUAAUUACACCUGUUUUUCUCUCUCUCUUUCAUCUCAUUUCCACAUGUCUCUUGCUCUCACAUCUCCCUUCCUGACUAUUUCUUGCUGUCUUCGUCUAUUUCAUUAAAAGUCUGUCUCAUGCUCACUGAUUUCAUUUUAUAUACUGAUAGUCUAUUUCUCUGUCCAGAUAUAUACCAUUUCUGUCUGUCUCUUGCUACCUCCAUUCUUCUCAUUCCCGUGCCCUCUCUCUGUCCAUCUUAUUCCCAGGCUGUCUCACACUUUUUCCACCCGUCUCAUUCCAGUUUGUCUCCUGCUCCGUCCGUCCAUCCAUUUAAUUUCUCUUUUAUCUAACUCUCACAAUCUACCUAAUUUCCUGCUAGUCAUUUGCUCUCUCUGUUUAUCUAAUUUCCUCUCUUUUUUUAUCCUUCCAUCUUUUCUCUUCUCCUUUUAACCCUCCCCUAUCCCUUACUACAAUUCCCUCUAUUAUGUUCUCCCUUUGCUUAUCUGAAAGUCAAACAAACACACAUUCUGGCCUGCCUUUUAUUGUCCUGUUUUUCAUUCCUAGAAAACCAUAGUGGUUUGGGAAGGGUUAUGGCCACUACAGUCCUAAUAGGGUUACAAAGACUAUACGCUCAAGGGGGAUUCAGGUUAAUAAUAACCUUGUGGGAGGCUGAUUGGGAUAAUGACUCACACUGAUCUUGGUGGUAAUGACUAAGGGAGUAAAACAAUUAAUAAUGUCUCAGAGAGUGAUACAGUUAAUGACUCAGGGAGUGAUACAGUUAAUAAUGACUCAGGGAGUGAUACCGUUAAUAAUCGCUCAUGGAGUAUAGAUUUAGUAAUGGCUUGGUGAAUGAGACAGGUAAUAAAGUAGGUGGGACAGAAAUAAUAAUAGAUUGGGGGCUGAUACAGGUAAUAUAUCAGAAAGUGAUACUGGUAAUCAUCACUCAGGGAGUGAAACAGUUAAUAAUUGCUCACCGAGUUAUGGAUAUAGUUAUGGCUUAGUGAGUGAGACAGGUAAUAAAGGAUUGAGGGGUGGAGAUAAUAGAUUGGGGGCUGAUACAGGUAAUAUAUCAACAAGUGAUACAGGUAUUGAUGGUUAAGGAGUGAUACGUGACAUGGUAAUGCAGGUAGUAAUGGUGCAGGCAGUGGUUUGGGGGUAGAUACAGGUAAUGGUGACUUAUGGGUGAUACAGGUAAUAAUGGUAUAGGGAGUUGUUCAGGGGGGUGAUCCAGGUAAUAAUGGUACAGGGAGUUGUUCGGGGGGUGAUACAGGUAAUAAUGGCACAGGGAGUUGUUCAGGGGGGUGAUCCAGGUAAUAAUGGUAUAGGGAGUUGUUCAGGGGGUGAUCCAGGUAAUAAUGGUACAGGGAGUUGUUUGGGGGGUGAUACAGGUAAUAAUGGUACAGGGAGUUGUUCAAUGGGGUGAUACAGGUAAUAAUGGUACAGGGAGUUGUUCAAUGGGGUGAUACAGGUAAUAAUGGUAUAGGGAGUUGUUCAGGGGGGUGAUCCAGGUAAUAAUGGUACAGGGAGUUCUUCGGGGGGUGAUACAGGUAAUAAUGGCACAGGGAGUUGUUCAGGGGGGUGAUCCAGGUAAUAAUGGUAUAGGGAGUUGUUCAGGGGGUGAUCCAGGUAAUAAUGGUACAGGGAGUUGUUUGGGGGGUGAUACAGGUAAUAAUGGUACAGGGAGUUGUUCAAGGGGGUGAUACAGGUAAUAAUGGUACAGGGAGUUAUAUAUGGUGUAAUGGAACAGAAUGAAAUACAGGUAAUAAUGGUACAGGGAGUUGUUUCGGGAGGUGAUACACGUAAUGGUGACUCCGGGAGUGAUACAGGUAAUAGUGGUAUAGGGAGUUGUUGGGGGGGUGGUGAUCAAGGUAAUAAGGAUAAUGAUACAAGGAGUUGUUCGGGGGUGAUCCAGGUAAUAAUGGUAUAGGGAGUUGUUCGGGGUGAUACAGGUAAUAAUGGUAUAGGGAGUUGUACGGGGUGAUACAGGUAAUGAUGGUAUAGGGAGUUGUUCGGGGGUUGAUACAGGUAAUAAUGGUAUAGGGAGUUGUUCGGGGGGUGAUACAGGUAAUAAUGGUAUAGGGAGUUGUUCGGGGGGGUGAUACAGGUAAUAAUGGUAUAGGGAGUUGUUCGGGGUGAUACAGGUAAUAAUGGUACAGGGAUUUGUACGGGGUGAUACAGGUAAUGAUGGUAUAGGGAGUUGUACGGGGUGAUACAGGUAAUGAUGGUAUAGGGAGUUGUUCAGGGGUGAUACAGGUAAUGAUGGUAUAGGGAGUUGUUCGGGGUGAUACAGGUAAUAAUGGUAUAGGGAGUUGUUCGGGGGAGGUGAAACAGGUAAUUAUAGUAUAGGGAGUUGUUCAGGGGGGUGAUACAGGUAAUGAUGGUAUAGGGAGUUGUUCGGGGUGAUACAGGUAAUAAUGGUAUAGGGAGUUGUUCGGGGGGGGUGAAACAGGUAAUUAUAGUAUAGGGAGUUGUUCAGGGGGGUGAUACAGGUAAUAAUUGUACAGGGAGUUGUUUGGGGUGGGGGUGAUCCAGGUAAUAAUUGUACAAGGAGUUGUUCGGGGGGGUGAUACAGGUAAUGGUGACUCAGGGAGUGAUAGAGGUAACAUUGGCAUUGGGACUUAUUCAAGAAUUAAUGACUCAGGCAUAACAAAUGAAACCCUGAUUCUGGGAGUGAUUAAGGUUAAACAAAACCAGGGGUGAUACAUUUAAACAAGCUGUCUAUACCUUUAUUAUUAAGCCUAGCAUGCUUUCUCCUCUAUAUUUUAUUAUGAUGCCAAAUCCGCUCUGGUCCCCUCACUGUCCCUCCUCCUGUGGAUUCGCUAAUUCCCAAACAUGUACUGCAGUCAAGAUCUGCACCCCCAGGAGGAUUCCAUUUCAAAACAAACAUUCGGUUAGCUGCAGUAAAUUUGCAUGCCAGAUCAGAAUACAAACACAGGCUUGGUAGACCUGCGACAGGCCUGCCCGUACUAAGGACUCGAUCAUGGGGUAUUUGUAUUGCAAUCUGGGUAAUCACCUGGUAAACAAUAUCGCACAGGCACAGGUUUCGAAGCAUCCAAACUAGCAAUUAUAUAAUUAUACUGACAGAGAACGUGUUAUGACUGUAUACGGGCUGACUGUAUAAAUCUGGACAGGGAAUGUGACCUUACCAUAUAAGGUGGAAUAGAGGAAGGUGGUGUAAAAGAAAGAUAGAGAGAUUGGGGGCAGAGUAGAAAAAGAGAACCGGAUAACAGGAGUGCGUGAAAAAAUAACUGGUUUCUGGAAGGAUAGUGGAAAAAGGCCAAAUUAGAAGAAAGUUUGGGGAGAAGAAGGGCUUCACUUCUAGGUCUUCCGUCUUGCUCGAAAUCUGUCAUAUUCACACCUCCUGUUUCCCCUAGGUCUGCUGUUCUAUCACUUCAUCAUUUCCUAUAUUGCUUUUCUCUAUUUCACACAGGACAUACUUGCAAACGAGAGAAAUCUCAAUGUUUCCAUCCUGGUAAAAUAUUUUAUAAAUAAAUAAAUACAUUUUCAUUCCUCCAAUAAUUUCCAGGUAUAUCCUUCUCUUCACCUUCCUCUUUGUUAGGUGUUUGCUCUCCUAUGCAAUGCUGUGGCCUUGCUCUCAGUCUGCCCCUAUCUCUCCUCUGCUCUGCUACCACUUGACAUUCAGGUCUUUGACUACAACCUGCUCUCACUCUUCUCUUCUCACCCCUUCGUACUGCCCCCAUGUUUGUCCAUCUGUGUCCUUCACUAAGACCUUUUGUCUUCUCCCCUGUGCUGUCAGGGUGCUUAGCCAUGGAUAAGUGUCGAGGACAGACAAAUGUAAAUGGAGCAUGGUUGAAAAGAAAGAAUGUCAAACUGUGAACAUGUUAGAAGAGAGACGGUCUGAGAAGUGAAUAGGAGUAGAAUAAACACCACAAAUAUUACACACUAAUAUUCGGUCACAAAGGUUCUGCUUCAUUGUGCUCACUGUUGUGGUAUACAAUUUAUAGAGAUUUUGAUCAUAAACCAUGUUUUUUUUUUAUUUUUAGAGGCAAGUGCUCAGUCAACCACAGACUCCACUGCAACCAGCUCACCAAGCAGCAAUGUAACCACAAAUACCACUGAAUCAACAGUAACAAAUAUAACAAGUACUGCUGCAUCUACAACAACCAAUUCACAAAAUUCCACUGUAUUUACAGAAGCCAGCUCGACAAACACUUCUGAAUCCACAACACCGACAAAAAUCACUGUAUUCACAACACCCAGUACACAGAACACCACUGCAACCACAUCAACCACAUUUCCAAACACCACUGAAACUAUACCACUGAAUACCAUAUCCACAGCAACCAACUCCCCAAAUGUCACAGGAUCCACAGCAACCAUCUCACCAAAUGUCACAGGAUCCACAGCAACCAACUCCCCAAAUGUCACAGGAUCCACAGCAACCAACUCCCCAAAUGUCACAGGAUCCACAGCAACCAGCUCACCAAGUGUCACAGGAUCCACAGCAACCAGCUCAGCAAAUAUCACAGGAUCCACAGCAACCAACUCCCCAAAUGUCACAGGAUCCACAGCAACCAGCUCACCAAAUGUCACAGGAUCCACAGCAACCAACUCCCCAAAUGUAACAGGAUCCACAGCAACCAACUCCCCAAAUGUCACAGGAUCCACAGCAACCAACUCCCCAAAUGUAACAGGAUCCACAGCAACCAACUCCCCAAAUGUCACAGGAUCCACAGCGACCAGCUCACCAAAUGUCACAGAAUCCACAGCAACCAGCUCACCAAAUGUCACAGGAUCCACAGCGACCAGCUCACCAAAUGUCACAGAAUCCACAGCAACCAGCUCCCCAAAUGUCACUGGAUCCACAGCAACCAACUCCCCAAAUGUCACUGGAUCCACAGUAACCAACUCCCCAAAUGUCACAGGAUCCACAGCAACCAACUCCCCAAAUGUCACUGGAUCCACAGCAACCAACUCCCCAAAUGUCACAGGAUCCACAGCAACCAACUCCCCAAAUAUCACAGGAUCCACAGCAACCAUCUCACCAAAUGUCACAGGAUCCACAGCAACCAUCUCACCAAAUGUCACAGAAUCCACAGCAACCAACUCCCCAAAUGUCACAGGAGCCACAGCAACCAGCUCACCAACUGUCACAGGAUCCACAGCAACCAACUCCCCAAAUGUCACAGGAUCCACAGCAACCAACUCACCAAAUGUCACAGGAGCCACAGCAACCAGCUCACCAACUGUCACAGGAUCCACAGCAACCAACUCCCCAAAUGUCACAGGAUCCACAGCAACCAACUCACCAAAUGUCACAGGAUCCACAGCAACCAACUCACCAAAUGUCUCAGGAUCCACAGCAACCAGCUCACCAACUGUCACAGGAUCCACAGCAACCAACUCCCCAAAUGUCACAGGAUCCACAGCAACCAGCUCACCAAAUGUCACAGGAUCCACAGCACAGACGAAUACCGUUGUAUCCACAGCAACCACAGCUCCAAGUACCAGUAUAUCCACAGCAACCAGCCAACCGAAUACCAAUGCAUCCACAGCAAAUACAACCACCAUCGCCCCUCCAUUAUCUACUGCAGCUCCUCCAUCAGUGUAUGUGCAGAUGCGUAUUACGAACAAGGACUACACCACAUCUCUCAAUGACGCCACGUCAUCGGAUUACAAAAACCUAGCAGCCUUGGUUAUAGAAAUGGUAAAUAGUUCCCUGAUACCUACUUUAUUUUCAUUUUUCGCAGCCUUCUCCAUCCAGAUUUUCUCAUUAUACAAUCUAGAAUCUGAGACACAUGCUGAAGCCCUAUGUCUGGUUAUAAAUCUGAGUAUUGCUAACUUUGUUCAUGCUCUCCCUAUUUCUUCUGAAAUUACUGAGAUGUCUAUUGUACCCCUCAUGAAUGGCUAAAUCUGAUUCUCUCUUUUCUUUACAGUUUAAUGUAGUUUACAACUGCUCUGGAUGCAGCACUAGAAAUACAUAUCUAGGAACGGAAAUUCUGCAGUUCCGGUGAGUUUCAUUAUUAUUCAAAUUCAAACCCUUAAUAAAUCUAUGAACAAGAGACUUUUCCAGUAAAGUAUCUGAAUGACAUUCUUUAAUAGAAACUAUAGAACAAUAGAUCGAUUUCUUUAAAUGACAAUGUUUUUACCAUGCACACUUCUCUAAGUGCAAUUUAAUUAAAUUUUAUUUUAUUUUUUGACACUCAGAUUUAGAAAUUAAGAGCUGAUCAGUUUUUAUUCUUCUGUAUCACCAUUGUUUCAAUUCCUCAGUGAUAAAAUAGGUGAUUCAAAUAUUUAUGAUACUGAAGGGGAUUGAUCAAAAGCGUAGGGAAAUUAAAGUGACCAUUUUAUUUGCUGCGAUAUUUGUUCUUUUUCGCUCCUUCCUUCCCUAUUUCUCCUUUUCCCUCUUCCCCUCAGUUUCCCUUUCCCAUUCCUUUAUCCAAAACUUAUUUAAAUCUAAUCGAGUAUUAAAGUGUAAUUCUAUUAAAAGUAUCUAUUACAAAUACACUGAGGUAGAAAAUCAAACUCCAUUCACACAACCAUUUAUACCUGUCCUGGCGUGAGAGUGGGGACGUUAGUUGGAAGGAGUCUCAGGUAAGUCUGUAACCAGAGGCCAGAGUUUCCAUAUGUCAUUAUAAACCCCCAAAUUCUCAAGACUAACAUAUACAGCCUUCUCCAUGAAUCUCCGAUAGUCCAUUUGUGAGGCAAUUUUGGAUUUAGGGAUCGCUUCAGAUCUCCAUUUUCACGCCAAACAGACUUUGGUGACCAUUAAUAUAUGCACAAUUAGCAUUUUUAUUUCUUCUUUCAAUUUGGGGAAAUCCAAACGGAACAAAAAGAGUUGGGGGGGGCAGUUCAAUAUGGGACUUUGUUAAACUUGGAAGUUCAUUUUCUAACUUGACCUUCAAAGGUAAUAGGCAGGUAUAUUCCCACUCGCAUCUCCAACAAAGAUCACUAAUGUUGGGUUGAAACUUACUUAACCUGUCUGGUGUCCGAUACCAUCUGUGUAAAAUUUGGAGAUAAUUUUCAAACAGUAAAAUACUAUGAAUAGUUUUUUUUUGUCAGAUUUAAAGCGGUAACCCAUUCACUGGAUACAAAUUCUGUGCUCAGCUCCCUUUCCCAUUUCAUUUUUCCACGAAGCUUUGUACCUGUUUUGCUCGUAUUUAAUAAUUCUCUAAUCUUAGAAGACAAAUUGGAGCCAUUAUCUAGGUCAUAGAGUUUUUCCAGCUCAUUGCCGCUCUUAAUUUCCCUAUUUUUUUAAAAAGGGUUUUCAUUUAAAGUAAGUAAGGUAUUCUUUGCUGGAAAUUCCAUGAUUUGUACGUAGAGUAGUGAAUGGUCUAAAAAUCACUCCGUCAAAUAACUCUCCAAUAUAUCCAAUGCCAGCAUUUACCCAACUCCUUAUAUUUAUAUUAUCAAUAUAUAGGGACAAAGCUUCUAUAGGAGCAUCCAAGGAGAUACAUCCUUUACUAUUAUGCUUCUGUCUUACAAGAUGGGUAACAUGAUAAAUUUCACCCAGACGUUAUUCACCAAGACUUUAUAUUCCAUGUUAAGUCGUUUAAUAGCCAAGUUAUCUGCCCAAAGCAAGAUAAUAGGGUUCUUGUUGGAUAAAACGUGUCUUUCAUAACCUAACCAUAAACAAUUUUCUAGGACCUUAAAUUUACAUUUAAUCAAAUUUGAUAGCAUUAUGGAGUCAUAAAUCAAGUAUACACCGGGGAGGGAUGUUCCAGAGACCCUGGCAGGAGCCAUGUAAAGACUCAUAAUCCUAUCCAGUAUAUGCCUCGUGACUCCGAACGCCUCCAAAACAUCCGACAGAUAGUGCCAGCUAACUCUUUCAAAGGGCUUUUUGGCGUCCAGAGCCACGAAGGCCACCAGGAAGAAAAUAGAUUUGCAGAUAUGGUUUAGAUGUAACAGUUUGCAAACGUUAUCGCCUCCCUCACGGUCCUUAACAAAGCCUGUUUGAUCAGGAUGAACUAAUUUGAGAAUGAAAUCCUUUAAUCUCUCCUCCAGGGUCUUGGAAAAUAUUUUAAUAUCGGUAUUCAACAGGGACAUGGGGCGAUAGUUAGUGACGGAAUUAUGAUCUUUGUCUGGUUUAAGAAUCGGGGUUAUACAGGCUUGUAGCAUCUCCAAUGGGAAUAGGCAACCCUUAUCUAUUUCUCCAAAUACUUUUAGUAAGAUUGCAGCUAUUGUAGGUUCCAUUAUCUUAUAGAAAAGGGCUGUGUAAUCAUCCAGCCCUGGCGAUUUUCCCACCUUAAGGUCUUUAACUGAUUUAGAGAUCUCAUCCAGGGUCAGUGGAGAACUAAAUUUCUUCAAGUCUUCCUCGCCCAAUCUUGGUAAUUUACAUUUUUUGAGGAACUCGCAGAUUGCUUCUGAGGUUGCCCGUUCCGAUUGGAGAUUAUACAAGGGCCCUGCAAUAUGAGGCAAAAGCUUUACCUAUAUCUAAAGGAGAGAUAUUAACUUUGUCUCCCCCAAUUAUCUUCCUAAUUAUUUGGCUUCUCUUUUUAAACUUAAGUUUGUCUGAAAAAUGCUUGCUAACUAUAAUACCCCCAUGGUACCAACAUUGGUUCAAUUUUAUUAUGGCGUUGUUUGUUUUUAUUCCUAAUUUAUUUCUUAUUACCAAUUGGGUCUCCCUGGUUUAAUUUUCUUAACAAGGGUAUUGACCUCCAUAUGUAUAAUAAUACCCAAUGUUCCUUUUUAAGGAUGAAUAAGUAUGUAGAGGUUUAGAAAAAUACCCUUCUCAUUAGAGAUUGUUUUACCUGAAGCUGAAGGAAGCAAGGUGAAUUGUUAGUGUAGGACUCCCCUAAGAGGUUCGCCUUGACGUGGCAGGUGGGCUUACAUCUAAUGGCCAUUGGAGUGGUACUAAAAACCUUCAGUUAUUUAAACAUGCAUAGGGAUUUGGGAUAGUGCCCAAGUAACUCUUGUUACAUAAUGUCACAUAAAUAGGGCAUGCCUCCACAUUCCGUACCAUAUUGAUACACGCAUGUAUUGCAGUAAAUAGAAUCUAUCAUCUUUGGAAAAUAACUGGAUACAAUAAAUGAGUUCCAGUAGUUUCACAACUUUUUAUGGUUUUAAUGUGAAAUAGUAUAUACAUAUGUAUAUAAUAUUAACACCUGCCAAAAUGAAUCCAAUUUGUAUAAUGACUAUUGUACUUGGCACAAAUUAGGCAUCUACCUAAUUUAAACCCCUUAGGUUUAAAUAGUCCCAUUGGAAAUGAGAUAAACAUGGUAAGUAUAUGAAUAACGGCCAAAUUACUACAGCCAAAUCUUUAAGAUGUCCCAAUAAAUACAUCCGUGUUUUGAUAUUGCUCUUGUGUAACCAAAGUGUUCUGUACUGCUUCGUAAAAAAAAGUUUUAACAAACUGAUUUAUUUUUGCUUUAGUUGUAAUGACACCAAUUUUGCAUAAAAUAUUUUAAAGCAUAGAUAUGUGUAGAAGGAGAGAAAGUGACACAGACCAUAAGAUAAGGUUGAGUCAUAUUACUCUAAAGAUGUCACGUGUGGGUCUAGCCUGGAUAGUAUUUUAAAUAAAUAAAAAAACCUCCAACUCUUUAACAAUCCUCUGGUGGUAUUAAUGAAGCCCCCUCUUAUCGCAAGACAAGGUUGAUGGAGUUUAUGUGGUCGGGGUUUCCUUCUCUCUAUACCACUAGACUAGAGGAACCUGCUCAACAAAGUCUGGCCGCUGGUUACUUAGACAAGAUGGCAUAGGAAUCAAUGGCAUAACGCUUGAGCUACUUCUCUCUACAUUUUUGUCAAUUUUCGUAAUAUCAGCUCACAUUCUGUGUAUAACUAUGUAAACUUUAUUAAUGCUUUACGGUUCUACUUGCAGAUCUGGAUCUGUGAUUGCAGACACGAAAGUCCAGUUCUCCAAUCAGGAUAGUGCUAACAGUGCCCAGACAAUUCUAAAUGAUAAAUUAGCAACAGCUGGCAACACUAUUAAUGGGCUCACAGUUACUGAUGUUAGAGGUAAGUGGAACAGAUCUGUAUAAGUAUGAGUGUACACUGCAUGCAUUUUUACACACUGUUUACUUGGCUAACAAGUAAGCAGAGAAAUCAGUAUGUGAUGUGUUUACCCUGCCCACGUCUGUACAGGGAUCAGUGUACUCCUUAAAAAAAAAGAUAUAUACCUGAAUCGGGAUUAGUGUAAACUGCACUCUUCAAGUUAAAGGGACAUUGCAAGCUAAAUGGCUGCCCAAUUUCAGUUUUUUUGUCAAACCACUUUCAACCAGCACUGUUAGCCUUCCCAUCUGUCCCCGAGAGAUUCCACUGCACAAAAGAGCUGUUGAUUUUUAAGUGCCACGCUUCUGUCAAAGAGAACGUGAAGCUUCUCACCCAAUUGGUUCUAGGGGAGUACCCCAUUUUUUGUGAAUACCCGUGGAAAACAUUUUGAAUAAUACCCAAAGGGAUUGCAUGGAGAAUCUACUUACGCCAUAAUCAGUGCAGAGAGCUGCAGUAAUAAUGGUGUUUAAAGUGUCCCUUAAAAAUAAUAUUUUCAUAUUCCACAUCGCCCAUUAGUGCAAUUGGGCUGUUUUAAAACCUCACUGGCUCUCGCUGAAGAAGGUGUCGUUUUCAAUUAUAUCAACGUGGUUAGAUGCAGCUUAGAUGGACCAAGGCUGAUUACAUAGUAACAUAGCUGAAAAGAGACAUGCCUUCAUCAAGUUCAGCAUUUUUCACAUCUUUAUUUGCCAUUGAUCCAACAGAAGACAAAAAAAAGCCAGUUUCUAGAACUUCCAAUUUUGCAGCAAACUAGGAAAAAAUCCUUCUUGACCCCAGAAUGGCAGAUAUGUCAUAUUUCUCCUUGGAUCAAGAAGUUAUUACCUAUCUAAUUAAAAUACAUCCCUGAAUAUUAUGUUUCUGUCUGGAGCUAGUAUCUUUGACUUAACUGGGAUAUGAACAAUCUCUUUGACCCAAAUUGCCAGGAUUCACAUUAAUAGUGAAAUUAAAAUGUUGCCUUAAAAAUGUUGACAUUUAUUAUGACGAUGCUAUACUGUUGCAAUGCUGAAAAGGUUUAAUAGUGCUUUAGUAAAGCAACUCUCUUAGUAAUGUACCGUCAGUACAAUGUACAGAAACAUUGAAAACACACCUUUUCCACUGCAAUGAUUUACAUUUAUACAAAUUCGGGAGCGGUGCAGUGGUUUCUGAGCAGAGCAUGGCUAGGUACAUUUCCCUUUAUAAAGUGUUAUAACAACAAAGUAGUUAAAGUUUCAAGAACGGGCUUGACUUUGUCAAGCUUAUCCUUAAACCACACAAAUCUAAACAAAUUCUCUUCAUAUUUGUGUGCUACCCCAUCUUUAGUCUAUACUCCUCCCUUCUUGGAGUUGUUUAGAUUUGUUUUGUUUUUUUGUACAUUGUAUUGGUGUAAGUGAGGUACACUUUUUGGGUGUUAGCACUAUCUUCUGGCUUUUUGGGGUACCAUAAAGUAAAUUUUUUUGGUAUAUUAUCCUUUAACCACACAAAGCCUUUCAUCCAAUAGAAUGAUAGAUUCAUGGAAAAUAACACAUUUUAUUAUUUUUUUAUUCCAGUUAGUAGUUCGCCGAUACAGUCUACCACAACAGAUACCGGUGUGCCCGGGUGGGGAAUUGCCUUACUUGUCCUGGCGUCUGUCAUUCUUCUUCUUGCCAUUAUUUUCAUCAUUGUCAUGGUAAGUGGUUAAAGAUCUCUUAUUUUCCCUAUGCACUAUUCUUUCCGUGUGUCUUACCCGUUCUUGCUUUUGCUUAGAUAAUCACAAUGUGCCGUCGAAAGAGCAGCGGUUACAUGGAUGUAUUUUCGUCACGUGGCUCAUACCACUCCAUGAACGACUACAAUACCUAUCAAACUCACGGACGCUACGAAGCUCCCAACAAGCUAGGACAAAGUAAUGAGGUAAGCGAUCGUAGGGAAUGAAAGCCUAUGUCGCUUGAGAUAGCUCGGUAGUCAGUGCUCCAGCCGCACUAUUUCCUGUACCUCUUCAAAUCUAUUUGUCUUGACGUAGGUUUAAUUCCUAACAGACUUUCAGCCCACUAAGGUCAAUAAUAUAACUACCACUUAGUUGGCCAACAACACCUUUACAGGACAUUCUUUAAAACUAGUGUAAGCAAAAUAUAUUCAUACUGUGUAUGUCUGAUUCUUACCACUGUGUUUGCCAGAAUCUGCCCAGCAUAUCUAGCCUCAUAGUAUGCCAUAUUACGCUUGGCAAAGGCGCCUUCUAAGUUCGGUUCCAGUUCCUGUUGAUAUGCUCACCAUUAACUACAAUCAGUAACCUGUUAUUCUCACUAUAAUCACUCACAAAAUUCCAAGUUCCUUUUAACUUGAAAAAGAGAGUGUUGCAGUUAUAGCAAACGCAUUCACACAUCUUAACUCAGACAGCAUUUUUACCACAUUCACAAACAAUCUUCUUCAUUUUCAUCUCCUGCCUCACCUAAACAGUGUUCUUCUGUAAAACUUGGCAGGGUUUGUGUUCUAGCAGUAACAUAGAACUUGUAACUUGUAAUAAAAAAUUAUUUUGGACCAUCUGCAGGGAAAUGACAGAUUCAAGGUGAACCUGUUCUGGGAAACAAAUUCACAUUUUUAAUUAGAACUCGGAUUGCUAACCUGUCAAACAUAAUUCACUCUGUAUUGUGAGCAUGAGCGGAAUGCUGUGUAUCAGCAGGUGUGUUCGUUACCUGGGUGUAGACUGCAUUAAUUAAAGGAAUUAGGGAUUUGUCUUACCAGAGGCAAGUAAUUCUGCUCCCUUCAUUAUUUCCAGCUUUGAAUUGUGUAUCGCUUAUACCUGCUUCCCAUUUAUCUUGUGUUCUAUGUUUUCAAUGUUGUCAAAGAGAUAGCAGAAUACAAAACAUGGUCUUAAACUGUAAGAAGUGGGGGGUGGAAGGGUGAUAAGAUGGUAACGCAUAGCCCCUGUUUACACAUUACACAAUUCGACAUAAGUGGAUAUUUCUGGACCUGAACUAGCACACAUUCUUUUACUGGCUAGAGUUAAACAUUAACAUCGUAAAAAGCCACCAGGCAUAAGUAGUGCCUUCUGAAAUGUGGACAUCCUAGCAAAGACAAACACACAAUCCCUCCCCCCCUUUCCAAUUUCCUGCCCUGCCGGUCACAGGGAGUUUACAACAAAUGAACAAAUGCAAACAGGUAAAUUAUCCCCCGUCAUAAAGGAUGAGUGUGCCCCUGGUGAGUUUCGACAUUUUAAUAGAACAUUUUUGCCAGUUGACUGGGCAGUAUGGCCUCACCUCUCCAUCACGUCACCACAUGUUAUGUUAUAUGUUUCUGGAUUUUUCAAAAAUAACCUUUCGUCUUUCUCUGCAGGCUUCAGGUAAUGGAACCAAAGGCAGGUUCUCCUACACAAACCAAGGCCUACAAACCAACGAGUUUUAAAAAGAGGAAACGGGACAAGCAGAGCACCCUUAACUGAUUGAAUUUUAAUGUGAAAGACACUAGGCUUUAUUUAUCACACAAAACAUAUAUUCUCCCUUUAAACUGUGGAUACAGACUACUUUCAAACUGAAAUGAACACAACAUUAUUUGCAGACCAAAGUAUCUUCUGGACUUUAACCAUCUACCAUCUUCUCAGAAGUAUCUCAGUUUCGCAGAAUCUUUGGAGGUUUACUUCAGCAAUUUGUGACUGUGACUUUGCAAACGCCUGAUGGUUUGUAAUAAGGAGUCGCGCUAUCCCUUAAAUAAAAGGCUUCUAAUGUCUUAACUAACGGAAUGAUGAAGCUGGCAUUCACCUCAACAAAAUAAAAGGAAAAAGAUGUCCUUUGAGAUACUUCAUCAAUGAAUAAAAAAUAUACCAUUCAUACAAAGAAACACUGUAGGACAAGAAUAACCAGUUGAAACGCCAUGCAGACACUAUACUACAGGUAUAAACCUGCCAAGAAUACACUACCCUUUCGGAAAACAGAAUACUCAUAACACCAUAUUUAAUAACAGUAUUUUGUGGAGUCCAGAAAACUAUUAUAAUAGCAUAGACUGAAAAGCAUUUGAUCUGGACUAGAUCCAUACAUUGACGGAUUUUUAUUAUGUGCCGAGGUUUCAUUAGCUUGAUAAGACUUGGUCUGAACUUGCUCAGGGCACUGUGACAGACAGCUGGGUACUGCUGGUCACGCGCCGUAGGGCAGUCACAGGGAUGGGUAGAACAAAUUCAACGAAACCCUCCCUUUACAAACCUGUAUGGACUUGCUCUUAUCAAGACGUCUCUAGAGGUUUAUGCCUGAUUUCACUGCUUUCGGUUAUCAAAUCACAGUGUGACAAACUGUAUUCAUCUUUCUAUAACUUUCUUUACAGCUCGUAAUGUUUAUAUAUUGUACCCAACUGUAAUAAGUAAAACGUCAAGGGAGAGCAAUGUUUGACACAGGGCGUGGGGGAGAGCAUAGCUUAUUACACCGAUACAUUGCUAGAUGAUCCUAAAAAAUGAAUGUAAAAUGGCACUGUCCCUCGGAGCUUGUGAACUAAACUGUAUUAGAAAGAAACAGGUUAUCUUUGAGUCCUCUUAUCCUGUCUCGGAAUAUACAGGGAACCUGACCAGUGAAAAAAAUCGCAUGUAAAUGGAAGUCAGGCUCCGGAGCAUCCCACACAAUGAAGGUGGGAGUAUGAAAGAUCCUGACUCUAAGACGUGAUAUCGCCAAAUGUCAAAUAGCUGUCAAGUGCCAAAUUCCUUUUUUAUUAUUAACGCUGCCCCUCCCUUGCCCUUCGUUUGUACACUCCAGACUGGGUUGGUCUCUGUGCACAAAACAUUUGUUAUAUAAACAAGGAUUUCAGUCCAUGUUCCUCAUACAGUGUAAUUUUUAAUUUAUUUAUUUCCGUGUAAGGCAUUCAGCAAAGGCCUAUCAGAUGAACGUUUGCCCUUCACUUGUCAUGGAUUAAUGCUGUAUAUAUAUAUAUAUAAUUAACCAAAUAACUGGCCUGUUAUAUCAUGACCCCCCCAGGUAAUGGCACAGAAGCAUUUGUAUAAGACAGGGCUGGGCCCUUGAGAUGUGACAUGUACUCUGUUAACACAGAGGGAAAUUGUAGGCCUAAAAUGGCUGGCCAUGACAUACAGGUUUAGACCUUAUUUCCCUAAGCAUAGUCUGGCAUUAAUUAUACAACACUGGUGGCAAAAUGCAGCCUACCAGCUGCUGUAAAACAACUCUACCCAUAAUGCUUUGCCAACAAAGCUUGAUGGGUAAUGUAGUUCUACAAGAGCUGAGUGGGACUAUUUUUUUGGACAUCCAUGUUACAGACUGUAUUAUGGCAUGUGUGAACAAAGACAUUGAAUGAAAUGGUCUGCUGAGAUAAACUCAGUCUUUUUAACAAGAGACUUGUCUCUAAACUGGAAGGACAGGUCUAAUGAAGAGCUAUGUCUUAUAGUAUUAAUCCUACCUGCAGGGCGAAGUUUGCAUAUUUAAUUCACGUAUUAUGUAUGAGUAUAUAUAUAUAUUUCUGAAUUUCCUUUACAUUGUACUCUAAGAAUUUGUUUAAUAUAAAAUAAAGAUAAUCUGAGAAUUUGGUGUGCAUUUUAUUGCAAAUGUGUUAAGACGCAACCUGAGUGAUUAUGGGAGGUGCACUUUAAUUAUAAUUACACCAAUUUACCCUAAUGUAGCAGGACAAGUGGUGUCCGGAAAAUGAGGUUUUAGCAUUGUAAAUUAUAGUGUAAGGAAAUUAGGAUAUUUCUAUCAGUGAACACACGCCCCAUAGCUCAUAUUGCCAGUGAUGGUGGCAGGUAAAAGAAUGAUUAGUACUGAUGACUGUACAAUACAACGAGGAAAUAAUUUUUCACAAAGUCACUUUUAAUAUGGUUCUGUGCCAUUUCAAAACAGUUUAUUUGCAUGUUUUAUGUUGUUUGAUGUAGGCACAUUAAAGAUGUCUAGUUAUAUUGCUUGCCCUAACUGCUGCUGGCAACAUUACAAAUACUCUAUCGUCACACACACAUAAAAAAUGUCACAUUCAAAUUGCACGUAAUGGCCUAGUACCCAUACAUAUACC